UUAGGGAGAACCUAUCUCAAAAAGAAAAACUUUUUUGUACUUGAAGGGCUAGCAAUGCAGAUCAGCGGUAGAGCAACAGCCUAACAAGCACAAGGCCUUGCAUUCAACCCUCAGUACCACAGAGGCGAAAAAAGAAACCGUCUUGAAAAAAGAUGCCGUCUCUGAUGAACAGAAGUUUGCCAUCGAUCCUGCUGACAGGAAGCUUAGGAGAGAACAGUCCGGGUAGCAGCUGUGUGACUCGUCUCUCUCCUUUCCUGGGCCUAACUGAACUUUGCAGAGUUCAUUUUGGGACCUAGGAAACUGCAUCGACAGGGCUUUUGUGCUCGCAGGGGAAAUGGGAAGAGGCAGGCUUUGUCUGUGAGAACUGUAAUUCUGCUUGGGUGAGUUUUGCUUAAAGGUGAUGGCGUGGAACAGUCUCAGAGCGAAGCAGACCACACUUUAUGUUCUGGUUAGCAUUUUGUUUGUUAAAAAACUUGAGCUGCAGCAGGUUCCUUUGUUGAGAAGGAAGGCACUAGGGCCCUGGAGUGUGCUGAUGACUUUGUUGUGUGACCACAGAGGCUGGUUUCGUACAAAUUUCCUCUAGGGCUUGUGAUAUAAGUCAGUAAACCACAGCCUUCAGCGUGCUGUGCUCAGGCGGCAGCAGAGGCUUUGGUGUUGUCCCGGCCAUGACACACUUUUGACAUGCCCUCGCUCAGCCCGCUCCCAGCCUCCCUCUCUUGCUGUGCAGCAUGGACCAGCGAGAAAUUCUGCAGAAGUUCCUGGAUGAGGGCCAGAACAAGAAAACGAACAAAGAGAAGCUUGCAAAUGAAUUUCUGAAGCUGAAAAAACAAUCCACCAAGUUCAAGGCAGACAAAACCUAUCCUACAGCUGUGGCUCAGAAGUCCAUGAAUAUAAAGAAAAACAGAUACAAGGAUAUUUUGCCCUAUGAUCAUAGCCGGGUAGAGCUGUCCCUGAUAACAUCUGAUGAGGAUUCUAGCUACAUCAAUGCCAACUUCAUUAAGGGAGUGUAUGCACCCAAGGCUUAUAUUGCCACACAGGGCCCUUUACCUGCAACUCUUCUGGACUUUUGGAGGAUGAUUUGGGAAUACAGUGUUCUGGUCAUUGUUAUGGCGUGUAUGGAGUUUGAAAUGGGAAAGAAAAAGUGUGAGCGCUACUGGGCUGAGCCAGGACAGAUGCAGCUGCAGUUUGGCCCUUUCUUCAUAUCCUGUGAAGCUGAAAAAAGGAAAUCUGAUUAUAUAAUCAGGACUCUAAAAGCCAAAUUCAACAGUGAAACUCGAACUAUCUACCAGUUUCAUUAUAAGAACUGGCCAGACCAUGAUGUGCCUUCAUCUAUAGACCCCAUUCUUGAGCUCAUCUGGGAUAUGCGUUGUUACCAGGAGGAUGACAGUGUUCCCAUAUGCAUUCACUGCAGCGCUGGCUGUGGAAGGACGGGUGUUAUUUGUGCCAUUGAUUAUACAUGGAUGAUGCUAAAAGACGGGAUAGUUCCUGAGAACUUCAGCGUUUUUAGUUUGAUCCAGGAAAUGCGAACACAGAGGCCUUCAUUAGUUCAAACUCAGGAACAGUAUGAACUGGUCUACAGUGCUGUAUUAGAACUUUUUAAGAGACAUAUGGAUGUUAUUGAAGAUAAACAGUCUGCAAGAGAGAUUCAAGCAAAGUAUUCAAUUCCUGGGCAAAAUCCUACUCUACAAGCAGACUCCUGUUCUCCUAAUUUACCAAAAAGUACCAUAAAAGAAGAAAAAAUGAUGAACCAACAGAGCAAACGAAAGUUGAAGGUGGAAAAUGCAGACGUUUCCUCCUGUAACUUUAGCACCUCUGAAAUACGUGCAGAGGAAGGGUUAGCUUUGCAUCCUGCUAAAUCAAGUCUGUCUUUUGACUUUUUGGAGCUAAAUUAUGGUUGUAAUGAAAAUGUUGACACAACCAAGAAAUGGCAGACAAAGACAUUAUCAAUGGUUGGGGAACCUCUUCAGAAGCACACAAGUUUGGACUUUGGCUCCAUUUUGUUGGGUGCAUGUCCUAAUUCCCAAUCUAUACAUGCAGCAGGAACAUGUUUUAAUUCAAAGGGGCCAAUAAUACGAACCAAAUCAACUCCCUUUGAAUCGAUACAGCAGAGAAAAACCGAGGAGUUGGAUGUUAAGGAACAUUUUUUGUGUUUGGAAUCUCGAGCAUGCAAUUCUUACCUUGUGGAGUUCCAGGCUAAAAAAGUGACACAUGUUUCUUCAGAAGAGCUGAAUUCACUGCCUUUUGACUCUACCCACCAAAUGUGUGAUGCCUCAGAUGCAAAGCAGCGUGGCUCUGGUGCUGUGUGUGCAUAUUCUUGCAUGUCUUUAGUAGAAGAUCCUUAUUUUUCACCGUUGUUUCCAAGGAGUGCUGAUUCGAAGAUGUCUCUUGAUUUACUCGAGAAUCAAGACGGAACUGUUUUUCCUUGCUCUUCGUUGCCAGCAUCCUCUACAACCCUCUUUCCUUAUUACAACUCAAGUGACUCUUUGGCAUUGAAUCCUCUGACGAAUUUUCCCCCACGACUGAACCAAGAGGCAGCUGUAAUGGCAACUUCUCCAAAGAUAGACGAUGAAAUCCCCCCUCCACUUCCUGAACGAACACCUGAAUCUUUUAUCGUGGUGGAGGAAGCGGGAGAACUACCACCAAGUGUCCCCAGAUGCGUAUCUUCCCCUGUGAAGGUAAAAAUGGGAACAUCGCUGGAGUGGAGCAGAACAUCUGAAUCAAAGACAUCUGAUGACUCUGUGAGACUCAGGCCAAGCAAGAGUGUAAAACUCCGGAGUUCCAAAGCAGCUGCACGUCAAGAUUCAUCUCCUUCUCCACCUCCACUCCCAGAAAGAACCUUAGAGUCCUUCUUUCUUGCUGAUGAAGAUUCUAUGCAGACCCAAUCUACAGAAACUUAUUCAAUUAGCUGUCCUGAAACCAUGGAAAAUUCAACAUCUUCAAAACAAAUAAUGAAGACUACUGGAAAAAAUUUCACAAGGAGUAAGAGUUUGAAAAUUUUGCGAAACAUGAAGAAGAGUAUCUGUAAUUCUUCCUCAUCAAGUAAGCCUGUAGAAUCUAUCCCGUCAAAUAAUUCCAGAUCAUUUCCAAGUUUUGGUUUUGCAAAUCGUUUUUCAAAACCCAAAGGACCACGGAACCCACCACCAUCUUGGAAUAUUUAAUAAACUCAGGAUUUAUAAGAAUAUGGAAUGCAAAUUGUCUGCAAACACAACUACUGGCUAGCUAAAAUAAGUGCUGUAUAUUCAUAAUAUCAUAAAGAAGAUAUACGGUUAAUAACUUUUAAAAGAAAAUCAGUGUGUAAAAAGUCCAGAAGUUUUGCAUUUUCCUAUCAUUUACACUGGGUUCAAAAUUGUAAAUAAAAAGUUCAUUUGAGUUUAUGAAGA